AUGCCUGGUAAAAGAGCAACUGAGAGUUCCGCUCAAGAUACCCCUGAGGUUCUAGAGCCUACGCCAGCAGUUCCGGGCGAAAAUGAACCCUCCAAAAAGCGACGCCGUCGCAUCCUCUCAUGUGACCCGUGCCGACGCCUCAAGUGUAGAUGUGAGAUUGAGUAUGGCUCAGACACUUGCUCGAGAUGUCGAAACUUACGAAUCACUUGUUUGAAAAGCGAUAGCCAUGAUCAGUCGUAUGGAACACAUGAGACAUCUCAACAAGAUCUCGUCAAAGAGCUACAUAAGAAGGUUAUGAACCUAGAAAGCUCCAUGCAAGAUAUGAGAACUCAACUGGCAAGAGUCCAGCCUCAGAGGGGGUCCGUCCAGAGGGUUGAAGAGCAACAAACUAUCUCUCCCGAAACAUCAAUCAAUGACCGAGUGUUGAUUGAUGAAGUCGAGCCUGCUGAUCAGCACGUCCAUGCUGCCCCUGCCGAAGUCAUAAGAAGGGUCGCGUGUCAAGUAAGCGGGGACUUCAGAAGGACCUUCAACACGAAAGAAGAUGUUGUGUCAACGGGCAUGUUAAGUGCUGUCACUGCCGAUUCGUUGGUUAAAGCCUUCAUCAAACGGCGGCGACAUGUUCUUUUCAUCAACAAUGAGACGGACCUUAUCACGAGAGGAACUCUGCUUCAGACAUCACCGUUUCUACAUGCUGUCUGCUGCACACACGAGAUGAGAUACACCCACACGAACCAAACCGACGCGUUGAAGCACAGGGAAGUAUACGAGCAUACCCGAGGUAUGCUUGGUCAGGUCAUGCUCGGGAGUCCCUUGCACCUGGAAGAAAUCACUGGUGUUCUUAUCAAUGCGCUGUUUGCAGGGUCGCCAUCGUGCGAGGCAGAGUAUGUAGAUAGCUGGCUAUUAAGCGGACACUGCGCUCAGCAAGCUAUGCUAUGUAUACAAUUCUCAGACAUACAUCAGCGCACAAAUGCCGGGACUUCGACAACGAUAGAUCUACGGUCGAUGAGACUCUGGGCCAACGUAUGCUUGGUACACCUCCAUUGGUCAGCUACUACGGGAAGGCCGUCUAUCCUGCCAGGCUCCUAUCUCAGCCAGUGCCGAAACCUUCUAAACUUUGAACAAACAACAAUGCGUGACGCGAUGCUUUUCGCUGAAGUUUCUCUAUACUGCACACUUCAGCAAGAUACUUGCGGAAUGCCUAACUUCGCAAGUGACGGGGAUUGUGAGAAAUUUGCUCCUUGGAAGCAGAAAUGGGGAUACUUACUUGAACUACCCACUGGUCUGAUUUUGAACCUCAGCUACUACAUCGCGAAUGUGAUUUUGGCCAAGAGAUCUCUGGAUCACAUCGAAGCGCGUGCGUUGAACGCAAGUACGUCCGUAUCUCCACAGACACAAUACGGAUCUACAGCACAUCUACAAGACUCCUCAACGAAAAGCCUGCAGGAUCACAUCUACGAGCUCAGUUUCCGAGUCACAGUAGCAUUCGUGGCUAUUCCAAGUUCUAGCUCUGGAGACUUACCAGAAUUCCACUCACUCUGUGUUGCGUAUUCCAUGCUCAUUCUAUGUCAGUACGAUGAGUUGCCUUCUUCCAUCCCCCGCGAUGAGCUCUCUGUCGCGUUGCAGGAGGUGAAGCGUCGAUGUAACGAGUCUAAUGCGUAUUCGGUGGCGGUCCGGUUCAGUGUUGAGAGAGCUUGGGAGAGGCUGAGGAUGGAUACCGCUUCUUUUGAGUCAACAGGGGAUGUGGCGCAAGGGACGCAUUUUGAGAGUCACUCUGGUGCUGCUCAUAAUGGCAAUGCUACCAAAGUAGCUCAGAACUCUAUGAAUGGUGGUCAGCCAGGAGGGGAUGGUGGUCAACUUGAUAAUAUUGAUUAUUUCUUCAACGGCGGGUACUUGGAUAUCCUAGAUAUUGACAACUUUCUCUUAUAA